CGCUACACUGCUGUUCUGAGACGGAGGGAGCCGCGCACGCAGCAGCGUUGCUCCGCCACUGCUGACUCGCCCCACCCCUGAAUUCCAAUUCGCCUCGCCGGAGUCGUUGCAGCGGCUGGGCAGAUCUGGCGUGGGCAAUAGAGGAUGGGGUCGGACGGCGGUGGGUGGCGCGGAGGCUGGUGAGGAUCUGGUGGUUCUGGCGGUGGAGCUAGGGGGUUUUGCUGCGGAAACCCUAGAUCUGAAGCGGUGUUCUCGGAUUCGACGGAAACCCUUGCAAGGGACGAAUCAACUCACACUACUCACAGAAUCUUCAUCUCCUCGCAAAAUAUUUCACUCCUUUCGUCGGCAUCACAUUCAUCAAUUGACAAAAUGAAGGUAAUUUACUACAAAAGCUGGAGAAUUCCCUUUUCCUUACUCCUAUUUUGGUUUAAUUGAUUAAAUCGCUUCAAUUCAGCUUAAUUAAUUUCGAUUUGAUGCAAAUUAAGAUUGUGGUGAGGGUGUCGAUGAACGACGAGAAAUCCCGAUCCAAAGCCCUAAAAAUUUCGGUGGGGAUAUCGGGCGUGGAAUCGGCGGUGCUGGCGGGGGCGUCGAAGGAUCAGGUGGUGGUGGCGGGAGAGAGCAUCGACGCCGUGGAGCUCACGCGGCAGCUGAGGAAGGGCGUGGGUCACGCGGAGCUUGUGAGCGUGGGCGAGGACAAGAAGAAAGAGAAGCCCGCCGCUAAGAUGGAGGCACCGGCGCCGUCGGUGCCCCUCUGGUCCAACAGCUACCACCCGAUUUACGAAACGAGGCCCAACGACACCUGCACGAUUAUGUGAAUUGAGGGGUGGAUGAUGAUGAUGAAUAUCUGGGGAAUUUGAGUUCCAUUUUUUUAAGAGGAAGAAGAAGAAGUGGUAAUAUGUUGUGGUAAAGGGAGCUCAUAAUUUUGGGUUUGUAAAUUAGGUGUUUAAUUAGCCUCUAAAAUAUAAUAUUUGGGUUUGUAAGUAGGUGUUGAAAUCUCUAAAUAUAAUAUAUGAUGAAUCAAUAAUCAUGAACGAAUGAAUCUAGAAACAAUAAUCAU